GCAAAUAUCCCCGGUCUACAUAUAAUGUAACCAAUAACCAAUCUCCACCGUCGAUUGACAAAGUUCCAAUCCAACUGCCCUGAGUCCCCAAUCUGCCGGCGUCUUAUAACGGCUUCGUCACUGUUGGUCUCACUCUCUCUGCAACUUCCGGCGGCCAUGUACCGCAUAGCUUCAUCCUUCGCCUCUUCAACUCCUAAGAAGCUGCUGGUCCUCCGCGGUAUUAGGGUUUCAUCCAAUAGGAACUAUGUGGCGCAAGGUCUCACCUUCCACAUUGGGCCUCGCGCCGCCUUGUUUGAGGUUGCCGACGCUGCCAAGUCCACCACGGCCGCUCUCCUGCAACGUGUCUCUCACCUCGCGGAGGCCUACGGAGUUACCAUGGGAUCAAAGGAUGCCAAUGGCAUUGGUUGUUAUGAGGAUAAGUACAAGAAUGCUUGCGAAACGCUUGCGAAACAGGCUACUAAUACUGCUGGAGGAGAUGGUACAACUUCUGCAGCUGUCUUGACCCAGGCAACAGUCACAGAAUGUUGCCAGUCCAUAGGUGCUGGGGUUCCCUCUAUUUUUGCAAAUGGUCAACGAGAGAUUGGAGAGUUCUUAGCAAGGGCAUUGGAGAACGUUGAAAAGAAAGGACAUGUUUCUUCCCUCAAAGAUUCUGGUAUAGGGGAAAAUAGGAGAGCCAUUUUAGAUGAUCCAGCCACCCUCAUUGGGCGAGAGGUUAUAAGUGAAGACAAAAGUUUCAGUAUCGACAGACUGCUCAUGUCACCCACAUUAAAUCAAUUGAUCCGUCAUAAUAGAACUGAGAAAAGUCGCACGAACCGUAAUCGAGCUUUGGAUAAAUGCCCCCAAAAGCAAGGAGUAUGCCUACGGGUUUUUACGAGAACACCCAAGAAGCCAAAUUCAGCUCUGCGUAAGGUAGCCAAAGUAAGGCUGAGCAAUCGAAAUGAUGUAUUUUCUUACAUUCCAGGUGAAGGUCAUAAUUUGCAGGAACAUUCUAUGGUCUUAAUAAGAGGGGGCAGAGUGAAAGAUUUGCCAGGUGUGAAAUUCCACUGUAUCAGAGGAGUUAAGGAUUUGCUGGGACUUCCAAACCGAAGGAGAGGCCGAUCAAAAUAUGGUGCAGAGAAGCCCAAGAGCGCCUGAAAACAGCCUCUACUUUUGCCUUUCGUAUUUGACUGCGUUGCUGAAGUGACUGAAUACUUUAGGAGAGCUGGUGAAAAAAUUUGGAAAACAAAGAUUUUGCUGAGAUGGUAAUAAUAAAAAUGUAGUAUUCUUGUUUGAAAGUUUGGAACAGUGGAAUUUGGAUUCUUUGAUUAGUAGGAGGUUCAAAAGAUUUAAAUUUUGUGUAGGAAUUCUUUUUACUUUGUAUGACCAAUGUAGUUGCAAUGCUUCCAUUUCUGUGUUACACUGU